AUGCCCUACCGAUUCGAGAUUGCCGCUCAAGGCCGCGCUGGCUGCAAAGCCACUGAUUGUGCCAAAGACAAGGUCAAGAUCACCAAGGGUGAAUUCCGUGUUGGCACCUGGGUUGAUGGACAGGGCUUCCAGGGCUGGUCCUGGCGCCACUGGGGCUGCUUCACCCCCAAGCAAAUUGUGAACGUCAAGAAAGACCUGACUGAGGUCUCCGAGGAUCCCGAUUUCUCUCGCCUUGAUGGCUUUGAUGAGAUGAGCGAGGAGCUCCAGGACAAGAUCCGCAAGGCCAUCGAAGUAGGCCAUGUCGAAGACGAGGAAUGGCGAGGCGAUGUUCAAUGCAACCGCCCUGGAAAGGUCGGCAUGCGUGUCAAGGCUAGCAAGGCCAAGGCCAAGGAGACAAAGGAUGCUGAGAAGUCCUCGCCUGGCAAGAAGCAUGAUCUGACCGAUUCCGAGAAUGCGGCAGAGGAGCCCGCCAAGAAGAAGCAGACCCGUGCCAAGAAAGCUGCCGAUGAUGAUGAGGCCAUUGCUGAGGCCACCGUCGUUGAAAACGAGCCCAACAUGGGCAAGAAGCGUGGCCGUGGUCGUCCCCGCAAGAACACUUCUGAGGACCAAGUUGCUGCCGCUGAUGUCAAGGUCGAGCCCAAGAAGCCUGGCCGUCCUCGCAAGAAGACUUCGGAUGAAGACAGCCCCGAUGCUCAGACUGAGGUCAAGGUCGCGCCCAAGCGUGCCGUUCGCGGCAAGAAGGUUUCCGAGGACGAGGGUGCAGAUGCAGACACUGAAAUGACGACCGAGCCCACCGAGCCCAAGACACGUGCUACUCGUGGCAAGAAGAUCACCAAGGAUGAAGCCGCCUCUGCCGACAUUGAGCCCAAGCAGCCCACCAAGCGUGCUACUCGUGACAACAAAGCCACUACUGAGGCUAAGGUUGCUGACAAGGAGUCCAACGAACUUGACCCUGCCGAUGAGGACAAGCCUACCAAGAAGGCGUCCAUGACUCGUGCAACACGUGCCAAGAAGGAUGUCAAGAAAGACGUUUCCCCUGUCGAGAAAGAUACCUCAUCUGCCGACAAUGAGACCGCCGCUACCAUCGAGUCAAAGAACACCCGUCCCACUCGUGCCACUCGUGCCAAGAAGGAUGCCAACAAGGACGUUCCUCCCGUCGACAAAGACAUCUCCUCUGCCGACAACAAGACUGCCAGCGGUGCGAUCAAGAAGUCGACCACCCGUGCCAGGGCUGCCAACGGCAAAAAGACUACCAAUGGCUCGAAGGCUACCAAUGAUGCCAAGAACAGCGGAUCCGACACUUCCAAGGACGAGCACGCUGCUGAAUUGACCGAGAAGCCCAAGCGCACCCGGGGUGCCAACAACAAGACCAACGGCAACAAUACUACCUCUGGGAGCAGCCGCAAGGCCUCUGUCGACAAGGCUACGCAGACGCCACCCGAAGAGGAUGCCGAGAUUCCAGAUGCUAUCAAGGAGAAGCCCAAGACUCGAGCUCGCAAGCCAGCCGCCGCGAAGAUCACCAUUGAGUCCGCUAAGACUACCGAGGAGCCUGCCGAGGCCUCCACUGAGCAAUCUGUUAAGGACACCAUCGUGAAGUCCGAGGAUGGCCCCAAGAACGAGAAUGCUUCCGCUGAAGCUCAAGAUGAGCCCACCGUCGAGACUGCUGAGAAGCCCGUUGAGGGCGCUAGCGAGAAGCCCCUCGAGUCUCCUCUCAAGCCAGUCAAGGCUGAGUACACUGACGAUGACUUCUAA